AUGUUUAGUAUAACAUCGUCGAGUCUGAAACGCGUUGGACUUACAUUCUUGAGAAUGAUGUCAAAUACAAGUAACACAUUGGAUAGUGUUACACAGUUUUUGGAUUUUAUAAAUAAGAGCCCUACUGCUUUUCAUUGUGUGAACAAUAUUACAUCGAUAUUAAAAAAUACUGGUUUUCAAGAAUUAAAGGAAAAUGAACAAUGGAAUGUUGAAAAGUUCGGAAAAUAUUAUGUUACAAAAAGCGGUUCAUGUUUAGCAGCGUUUGCUGUUGGUGAACAAUAUAAACAUGGUAAUGGUUUUGCUUUGGUUGCUACACAUACAGAUAGUCCUCAUUUGAGAGUUAAACCAAUUUCAAGACGUGAAGAAAACGAUUUUUUACAGGUUAAUGUUGAGUGUUAUGGAAGCGGCAUUUGGCAUACAUGGUUUGAUCGUGAUUUAACACUUGCAGGAAGAGUUUUUUUUCGCAAAAAUGAUAAAAUAAUAACGCAACUUGUUCAUAUCAAACGUCCAAUUUUACGUAUACCUAACAUAGCUAUCCAUUUGCAACGAGAUAUGAAUGAAAAAUUUGUAAUUAAUAAACAAGAUCAUUUGCAAGCGAUAUUAUCAUUAAAAGCCACAGAAGAAUUAAAUGAGAAGAAAGAUGAAAAUGAUAAAUCAAACUGGAAUAGCAAAAAGCAUAAUGAAAAUUCUGAAUUAAAAAAACAUCACAGUGAAUUAUUAGAAUUGAUCAGUGAUGAAUGUCAGUGUAAUCCUAAAGAUGUAAUCAAUUUUGAUCUUAUGUUAGCCGAUACUCAACCAGCGUGUCUUGGUGGAUUGAAAAAUGAAUUUAUUUUCUGCUCAAGAUUGGACAAUCAAAUGAGCUCGUAUUGUGCUAUACAGGGCCUAAUUCAAUCUCUUGACACUUUAACAAAUGACGCAUACAUUCGCGGUGCACUACUAUAUGAUAAUGAAGAGAUUGGUAGUGAAAGCGCUCAAGGUGCAAUGUCUGAAUUUACUCAACAUAUACUACUCUCAGCUGAUAUGGCACAUGCUAUUCAUCCAAAUUAUAGUUCACUUCAUGAUCAACAUCAUAAACCAACACUUCAUCAUAGUGGUGUUGUUAUUAAAACAAAUUGUAAUAAUAGAUAUGCAACAACAGCAUUUACAUCAACGAUAAUAAAAGAAAUUGCACGAAUUGGAAAUGUUCAAUUACAGGAAUUUUCCAUGCGAAAUGAUAUGCCAUGUGGAACAACUGUAGGACCUAUUCUCAGUUCAAGAUUGGGAAUCUAUACAAUUGAUGUAGGUGCUCCUCAACUUUCAAUGCAUUCAAUUCGAGAAAUGACAUCAACAACAGCUUUAGAAAAUUAUUUAAAUUUUUUCCAAGCAUUUUACAAGAAUUUUCAACAAGUGCGUCGUUCUAUUGAAAUUUAA